AUGGCUCAGAAUACUCCUUUGUUAUUAAGAUUGGUGGCUUCUUCAAUAAGUGCAGCUAAUCAUGCUGGUAAAAUAAUAAGAGAUGUUAUGUCACACGGAGAUUUAGCCAUUGUUGAAAAGGGGAAAAAUGAUUUACAAACAGAAGCAGAUAGAUCAGCUCAAAAAUGCAUAAUAGCAUCAUUGUCAAAGCAGUUUCCCAGUGUUCAUAUAAUCGGAGAAGAAGGUGCCAUCAAUGAUGAUGUACCCAACGAAUGGAUUACAAAAGAAGCUGAUAAAAACGUUUUGGAACUUGAUUGCCCUCGAGAACUUUCAAACAUAUCUGAUUCUGAUGUAGUUUUAUGGGUAGAUCCAUUGGAUGGUACAUCUGAAUAUACCCAAGGACUUUUAGAUCAUGUUACUGUUUUAAUUGGAAUAGCUGUUGGAAAUGAAGCUGUCGGUGGAGUUAUUCAUCAACCUUAUUUUAAUUACAAAGAAGAUGAUAAAGAAUUGGGUAGAACAAUUUGGGGUAUUCGAGGAAUCGGUGUUGGAGGAUUUACACCGAAAAGUCCACCUGCUAAUCAGAGAAUUAUUACUACCACAAGGUCUCAUUCUAAUAAUGUAGUAAAUGAAGCUGUUGAUGCUAUGGAACCUACUGAUGUAGUUAGAGUCGGAGGAGCUGGACAUAAGGUUAUGUUAUUAAUGGAAGGUAAAGCACAUGCUUACGUUUUUGCCAGUAAUGGCAGUAAAAGAUGGGAUACAUGUGCUCCAGAAGCUAUUUUAAGGGCUUUGGGAGGUGAACUCACUGAUAUGGCUGGAAAUCAUUAUUCUUACAACAAAGAUACUCCUCAUGCUAAUACAAAAGGUGUAUUAGGGACAGCCAAUAAAAAUGAUCAUGAAUGGUAUUUGAAAAAAGUUCCAAAAUCAGUACUUUCUGCUUUGAGCUAA